UAGCAGCACUUUCGAUCGCAUGGUCCCGGGACAAGCCGCUGAAGCAGAGUUAGAGUAUCUGGCGGCAAUCUAUCGCAGUUCGCUUACGAAGGCAGAAUUAGCUACCCGUUUCUGAAUUGGUGUUCGCUUUAGACAUAACAGACCACACCGAACAGACGACAAAGAUGUCAAUUCAUCUGAGUUUUAGCUGAUACUUAGAGACUUGAAAGUGAUAUAUAUUUGUUCAGGGAAAAAAGUUGUGAAAAAAAAGAAUUAAGAUGGGAGGUUGUGGUUCGAAAAAGGCAAAUCAGAAAGAUCUUUUACUAGAGAGUAUUGAAGCCCACGAAAAAGGCAUCAAUUGUAUGGCUUUAAGUGAGGAUGGUUCCGUCUUGGCUACUGGAAGUGAAGACAGAUCUUUACGACUCUGGUGCACGAAGACCAGUCAGUGUGAGUGUAUAGGGACGUUACGAGGACAUGAAGAUUACAUAACUUGUAUCCUCAUCGAGGAUUGUUACGUUCUGACCGGAAGUGCCGAUAAAACUCUCAGAAAAUGGGAUGUAAGUACUUUGGAGUGCGUUUUGGUCUGUCGUGGACAUACUUCGGUUAUAUACCGCAUGAUCUGUACAGGGGACUUUAUUUUCACGAGUUCCUACGACAGAACGGCCAGGUGCUGGGAUUUCGACAAUGGGGAAUGUUUGAGAGUUUUCAGGGGACACAAGCGAGGGGUUUAUCCCUUGAUAUUUAUACCCGCAGACGACGAUGAAAUGGAUGAUGACGUUGAUCCCGAUGGAAGUAAAGACAUUCUAAUUACUGGAUCCGCCGACUGCACGGCAAGAUCCUGGAAUUUCGAAACAGGACAAUGUCUUAAGGUAUUCAAAGGAAAAGACCGCGACGGCAACAAUGUGGGACACACAGGGGCGAUAACCUGUAUGGCGACGGAUGCCCUUGGGCGAAUUUUGUUUACCGGAAGCACAGAUAAUACCGUCAGGAGCUGGAAUCUUCUGCGUGGGGAACAGUUAAAGGUAUUUUCCGGCCACACUGGUUCCGUCAUCUGUAUGCAGAUUGUUAACAAGAUAAUGUACACCGGAAGUUCCGACCAUACUGCGCGCGCUUGGGUGACUGAAUUUGGUGAUUGUACCAGGAUAUUCAAAGGUCACAAGCACACAGUCAGUGUUAUUAAGGUCAAAGAUGGACUAGUGUACACGGGGUCGGGUGAUUGUACGAUAAGAAGCUACGAUGCCAAAUCAGGCGAUUUGAAAAAAGUAUUUAUUGGUCACGAGUUUGCAGUUACCGCCCUUGAGGUAGUUGGCGGGAAACUGUUCACUGGAUCAUAUGACGGGUUCUUGAAAGUUUGGGACGCAACCGGAAUCAAGGACGACACAACAUUCGGAAAGGACGAGAACAAAAACGAAAAAGAAAAGGUCGAAAAACAACAGAAAGUGGACAAUAAUCAAAAUGGAAUCGACAACAAGAUCAUGAUUGACUGACCGAUACAUGGAAAAAUUCUAGAUUUGCACAUAUUGGGAGCGUUUAACUGCAAUAAUGGAAAAUGAGAAAAGAAAAAAAAACUUUGAUAAAGUGGUUAUUUUUUUUUCCAUAUGUGUAUAGAAUUGUUAUACUUGUAUCAUGUAUAUUUAUAUAUAUAGAAUGAUUACCACAUUUAGAUGUGUUGCUAUGCUGUCAUCUCCAUUGUAAUAUUGUAAUAUACUCUAUUUUGAUUGUUGACAUACAAGAUCCUUUUUGUCACAUUUGGGAUAAUGCCACUUUAUGUAUCCUUUAUUUAAUCCGGGGAAAAAACUAAACCCGUAUGUAAAUGUAUUUUAUGAUAAUCUACCAAGAUAUACAAAUAUCUGUAUUUUUAUAAUUCAAUGCAUUCCUUUUGUAUUGGCAGACAUAUGGCUUUAGGGUUGUUUUAAAUUAACAACAUACUGAGUAUCGAUGACAAUCUUUUUCACUUCUCUCUUUUCAUUAGUUGUUUUCGUUGUGCAAUACUGUUUAGCUAGCGAAUUGAGGCAGAUUUUCGCAGCAGGAAUGAUUUGUAUCACGGUCUACUACAUUAUAUGAAUUGACCCCAAGCACUAGCUUCAUCAAUUAUGAACUAUUGUAUUGAUUCGUGUCAUGCAGUUUGGAGCUAGGUUGCAUAAUCCCGAUUGAUUUAUGUUAUUUGGUACUUAAUUUUGUUAUGAAUGUUUACACAAGUACAUUUUUUCAUUCAAUGUCAAUUAUUAUCUUUUUGUAUUCGUUUAUUAUUGCAACAUAAUUUUAUUACUUUAUUUAGAAGUCUGGGUACACAUGUAACCGCGUUAUCCUCGAGCUGUUUCUGAUAAUGAAUGAACUUUGUAUCUCGGAGCAAACCGUCCUUUAGGAAAAAUGUUCUUUGACAAUCGUGAUUUUAUAAUGUUGACAUUUUUGCAGGGAUUUCUUUUCUCAUAUCGGAAUUUUAUAAUGAGACAGUUGGAAGAACAUACAGUAAAUACAAAAAUUAUUAACCGUUUCGAAUAUUAUACCCUGUCACGUGCCGUCCACUCAAAGCAAGCUCAUUUCAAAAUUAUUAACUUAAAACGUAAGCAUUAUAAAAAACAUUUUCGAUGAAAUAUUCUGAAAAUAUUUUGAUACAAAAAAUUUAACCUUUGUAUGUUAUCAUGGUCAUGAUCAUUUGUCUAAUGUGUAUUCAAAGACAAGAACACCGCUGCAUUGUAGAACAUUACAAAUUCAAAUUUACUGUAUCCAUUUAUGUUGGUAAAUAUUUGUACGUUGACAAUAAGCACGUUAAAAUUUUUUUCUUCUGAUAAAAAGUGCAAUGAUUAUAUAGAUCAUAAGUUGAAAAAUAUUGUAUGUGAAUUUUCUCUGUGCAGAAUAUUGCAGUUUUUUUGUUAAAUUUCAACU